CCUUCCUUUUCUCCGUCUCCCCCUUUACCCACUCGUUCUCCUGCUUUCUGUUCCAUUCCCUUUGUCCCAGUGCUUCUGCUCCCUUAUCCCCUUUUUCUCCUCUCUCCCCUCCCCCACUCCAUUCUCUUCCUUUUCUUCCCUCCCUUCUCGCCAGGGAAGGGGAGGGAGAACCCGAGCUCAAAACCAGACUUCCUGUCCCCCUUAUGUGUGACUUUGGGCCCACGUUCCUCACCUCUUAAAAUAAGUUGGCACUAUGGAUACGGGAUCCAGUGGAUAGAAUAGACCUGGAGUCAGGAAAAUCUGAGUUCAAAUUCAGCUUGGAAUGUUUACUAACCAAGUAAUCCUUCCCUCCCCCCACCCCCAUUUCUUUGCCCUCUUAGGCAAGUAAUUUUGUGCCUUCGGGCUUCCCAAUUCUUGGUCUGUAAAAGAAGAGGUUGGAUGACCUCUAAGGUUCCUUUUAGAUCUCCAUGGUCCUUUCUCUUCCUCUGAUCCUCCUCCUUUUCCCUGUCCCCACUCCCAGACUCUCCCCUUGUCUUCAUUUCCUUCUCUUAACAGUUUCCCUUAGCCCUUCUCUUUGUCUUCUCACGUCCCACUGAACUCGUUGGGUGAUGAGGGCAGUUUUCCCAGUUUACCUUAUUCCUAAAAUUCUCAAGGAAUCACAGGAAGCAGUGUUUUCCAGAUUUCUUUGGUGAUAGGAAUAGCGAUAGUGAUUUCAGGGUUACAAUGUAUUCCCAGUAACAUGGCUGGAGGUUAUGGAGUGAUGGGAGAUGAUGGCUCUAUCGAUUACACUGUUCAUGAAGCCUGGAAUGAGGCUACCAAUGUGUACCUGAUAGUGAUUCUUGUUAGCUUUGGCCUUUUCAUGUAUGCCAGAAGGAAUAAAAGGAAAAUCAUGAGAAUAUUCAGUGUGCCUCCUAUGUCAGAAACUUUGACGGAGCCCAACUUCUAUGACACGAUGAGCAAAAUCCGUUUGAGGCAACAACUCGAAAUGUAUUCUAUUUCAAGGAAAUAUGACUAUCAGCAGCCACAAAACCAGAAUGACAGUGUACAACUCUCCCUGGAAUGAAUGAAUGCUUAGCUCGCUGACAGCACAGCUAUAUUUUGCUGACAGUUGGGUAGCAAAGUCAAUUCAGAAUUCUUUUUUGCAAAAGCCUUGAAGAGCAUAAAUUUCUUUGAAUUUAUGUAUAAAACCAUGUCAGUUUUUAAUUAUUUUUGCCUGUAUAGAUUAUUUCCUUAUUGCAUAAAUGGAAAUGGUACAGUAGCUUUGAGUACGGGGCAGCUUGGCAGGAGGAAUACAUUUGGUUAGAUACAACUUUUGUUAAAAAGAGGAUAGUUGUAGUUUAUUUUGCAGUCUUAGGGAAGAACUGGUCAGUCAAAGAUAAAAAUGUAUUUUCAGAUUCCUGACAGUUAACUGCAGCUAAUCUGAAAGAGACCCUAUGUGUAUAGUAGAAAGAGAGCUGGAUUUGGAAGCGACCAACCCAAGACCACACCCCAGUUCUGCCACUUAGUGUCUAUGUGUCCCUGGGUAAGUGACUUAACCUCUCCAGGCCUGUGUUUUCUAAAGUAUAAAUGAGAGGAUUGGACCAGGUGAAUCCUAGGGACCUUUCCUUGUCUACAUACAUUUCAGACUUUUUUAUAGCUUAAAAAAUGAAGGAGAGUUGCUAGAAAAACUUCUUGGAUUCUUCAUAUGUCAUAUUAUUAGUCAAGUAUUCUGCACUCUCAUUUCUAGGACGUCUUUGUUAGUUUGACCCACCAGCCUCUACAAAUGACUGUCUUUUUUGUUUCAUAAUUUUACCUUUUCCCAAUUUUAAAAGCCUUUCGUGGUUGCUUUUUCCCUUGAUUGUAUUGCUGUGGCUUAUCCCUUCCCCCAUUUUUUUUUACUCCAACCCUCUAGUUGAGGGGGAAAGGGUACAGCCAGAGGGAGAGUGGGUGGGUAUCCUGAUGAGUCACUGGGGUGAACUGUGCCUGCCUGGGCCUCUGUGUUUGGGUGCUGGCCCCAUUACAACCAUUGUGUAUUGUUUAUGCUUUUCGGCUAUCAGCUUCUUGGAAAAAUCUUGUAUAUUAUGUGCUUCACUAUAUUAUGAUGUUCGGGAGGAUAUUUAUGGGAUAUGCACAUUUUUCAUGUUUUAUUUAAUAUCAAUGCAAUUACUUAAAUAGGGGAUCGUUGAUUAGAAGGUGGUAAAACUGCAGAAGUUUAACUGCCCAUUUAUUUAGCCAAGAUUCAAUAUCUGAAUCAUAGCUAUUCUUAAUUUUCAAAGACAAAGCAAGUAUUGUUAUUUGUCAACACUUCUACAAAUGUGAGAAUUGAUUCAUAAUACAAUUUUGAAGAUUAAAAACAGUUAAAAUCAA